ACGAGGCAGGCAGGCAGGAGGGAAGGAAGGAAGGAAGCAGCGAGCCCGGCGCCGCGAAAGAAACCGGGCAGGAGGCGGAGGGCGGCCGCCGGCGUUGCGCAGCCCUGCCGGGCUGUCCAUGCCGCCGCGCGCGGGAAGAUGUUGAGGAAGCGGCCGGAGCGACGGAUGCAGCAGCGCCCAGGAGCACUCCGGUGUGCGCACGGACCGUUAUGUCAGCGCGGCCUCUGAGCAGGAUUGCUCCAACCUCCGGCAACAGCCCUCGGCACGGCGGCGGAGGCAGGGCAAGGCCGAGCCCGGCGCCCGUUACAGCGAUCGUCAUCAUGUCUCCCGGGAAGAGUUCGGUUCUUUCCCCCGCGGCUUACUCCUUCCGAUGUGUUGGUGUCCCAGUUAAUGGAUUCUGACAUGGAUUAUGAAAGGCCAAACGUAGAAACCAUCAAGUGCGUCGUGGUUGGGGACAACGCUGUGGGCAAGACCCGGCUUAUCUGUGCCCGUGCGUGUAACGCCACGCUCACCCAGUACCAGCUCCUCGCCACCCACGUGCCCACCGUCUGGGCCAUCGACCAGUAUCGCGUUUGUCAGGAGGUAUUAGAGCGCUCCAGAGAUGUAGUAGAUGAUGUCAGUGUCUCCUUGCGGCUUUGGGAUACCUUUGGGGACCAUCAUAAGGACAGGCGCUUUGCUUAUGGAAGAUCUGAUGUCGUAGUGUUAUGCUUCUCCAUUGCUAACCCUAAUUCCCUGCAUCACGUGAAGACCAUGUGGUAUCCUGAGAUUAAGCACUUCUGUCCCCGAGCACCAGUCAUCCUUGUGGGCUGCCAACUCGACCUUCGCUACGCAGACCUGGAAGCAGUCAAUCGAGCCAGGCGACCCUUAGCCAGACCAAUCAAACCCAAUGAAAUUCUGCCCCCAGAGAAGGGCCGAGAGGUGGCCAAAGAGCUGGGGAUCCCCUACUACGAAACCAGUGUCGUGGCCCAGUUUGGCAUCAAAGAUGUCUUCGACAAUGCCAUCCGAGCAGCUCUCAUCUCUCGCCGGCACCUCCAGUUCUGGAAGUCGCAUCUGCGUAACGUUCAGAGGCCAUUGCUGCAGGCCCCCUUUUUGCCCCCCAAGCCCCCCCCACCCAUCAUCAUAGUCCCCGAACCUCUUUCCAACAAUGAAGAGCGCCCAGCCCACCUCCUGGAAGACCCUUUGUGUGCAGACGUCAUCCUGGUGCUCCAAGAGAGAAUCAAAAUCUAUGCGCACAAGAUCUACCUCUCCACCUCCUCCUCUAAGUUCUAUGACUUGUUCUUGAUGGACUUGAGCGAGGAGGACCAGCAGGGGACGACAGGAAGCAGCACCGGGGUGGGUGUUGCUGAGCGGACGCUCCAUCAGGAAAGGCAUCCUCACGGGCGGGAAUUCCUGUUAAGAGCUGCCAGCUUCGAUAUCUGCGAGAGUGCUGAGGAAGCUGGCUCUGGCCAGCAAAAACCGUGCCUUAGACCCUCCACCAGCGAUGGAAUCUUGCGGGGCAAGAACUACGGGGAACGAGGGCUGAAGCGGCGGAGGAUCCUCUCCUCUUGGAGCCGUGCCUUUGUCAGCAUCCAGGAGGAGAUGGCGGAUGACCCCGUCACAUACAAACCCCGACUGAUGGUGGUAGUGAAGAUGGACCCUUCCAUCCAACUGGGCCCCUUCAGGGCUGUGCUCAAGUACCUGUACACUGGGGAGCUGGAUGAGAAUGAGCGGGACCUCAUGCAUAUAGCCCACAUCGCCGAGUUGCUAGAAGUCUUUGACCUCAGGAUGAUGGUGGCCAACAUCUUGAACAACGAAGCAUUCAUGAACCAGGAGAUCACCAAAGCCUUCCAUGUCAGGAGAACCAACCGGGUUAAGGAGUGUCUGGCCAAGGGAACGUUUUCUGAUGUUACUUUUAUAUUGGACGAUGGUGCUAUCAGUGCCCAUAAGCCCUUGCUUAUCUCCAGUUGUGACUGGAUGGCUGCUAUGUUUGGGGGUCCAUUUGUGGAGAGCUCAACCCAAGAGGUGGUGUUACCUUACACCAGCAAGAGCUGUAUGCGAGCGGUACUUGAAUACCUCUACACGGGCCAGUUUUGCUCCACAUCAGAGCUGGAUUACAUGAAGCUCAUUAUUCUAGCUAACCGCUUGUGCUUGCCACAUCUGGUUGCACUCACAGAGCAGUUCACGGUGUCUGGUCUGAUGGAGGCGAUUCAGAUGUUUGUGGAUAUUGAUGGGGACGUCCUCGUGUUCCUGGAGCUGGCUCAGUUCCAUGGUGCCUACCAGCUGGCCGACUGGUGCCUCCAUCACAUCUGCACCAACUACAACAACAUUUGCCGCAAGUUCCCGCGUGAGAUGAAAGCCAUGUCAGCAGAGAACCAAGACUACUUUGAGAAGCAUCGCUGGCCCCCAGUCUGGUACCUAAAGGAGGAGGAUCACUAUCAGAGAGCACGGAAAGAGCGCGAGAAAGAAGACUACCUCCACCAGAAACGGCAGCCGAAGAGGAGGUGGCUCUUCUGGAAUGCCUCUUCUCCUUCUCAGUCACCUUCCUCAUCAGUGGCCACUGCUUCAUCUUCCUCCUCCUCCUCCUCCUCCGCUGUGGUUUGAGAGGUGUGCCUGCCCAUACUCCAGUCUGUCUUGGAAAGAGGGUGCCGACCACCCCCGAGCCAGCUUCUGGUUCGACAGGCUUGGGAAGAGGGAAGUAGGUAGAGAGGAGACACCACCAGCUCAAACCCCCCGUGGAGAAAAUGAGCAUGAAUAUCCUGGGGAGGCUGGUGAGU